AUGAACAUUGGGAGCCCGGCCAGUGUUUCUAGAGCUGGUCUCUAUCCGGACCAAUUAAAAGAUGUCAUAGGAACAUUGUCGUCAUCAGUUCGGGAACCUGCUGCACUCCCGCAGACCACUGGAGCAGAUACCAAGGAGCCGGUAAGGGGAGAGAUCCCCGUGCAAAGUAGCACAGCCAGCGUUGCUGCAGCAGUGCCAGGUGAUACCACCAGCUCGUUUGCGGAGAGACUGAAAGCACGCAAUGAGAUGAAACGGACAAUUAAAUUUCCAACUAUGACUGCGAAGGAAGAACCAGAGAAAGAUAAUGCCGCUGAGCCGAAAGCACCACCAUCUAGUGAAACCGAUGACGUCAUGGGAAGAUAUUUGGCGCUAAUAAGUGCAAAACCUGAAGAGAAGGAGCAAUCGGCUCCGAUGAGCGUUGUGAGACCGAGUGAAAAUAUAGCUCCCGAAAGUGAUUUUUUGGAUUUGGAGGAAGUUGUCAUUGAUAAGGAACCGGACUUCGAAGAUGAAAUCGAGUGGUGA